AUGGCCUGGCAGAUGACACAACUGCUGCUGCUUCUAGCUUUGGGGGCCUCUGCAUGGGGCACCCACCUCAGGACUCCCCAGGACAGGACAGACCUGCUUAAUGUCUGCAUGGAUGCCAAGCACCACAAGACAAAGCCGGGUCCCGAGGACAAACUGCAUGACCAGUGCAGUCCCUGGAAGAAGAACGCCUGCUGCUCAGUCAGCACCAGCCAAGAGCUGCACAAAGACACCUCCCUCCUGUACAAAUUCAACUGGAACCAUUGUGGCAAGAUGGAGCCCAACUGCAAACGCCACUUCAUCCAGGACACCUGUCUCUAUGAGUGUUCCCCCAACCUGGGGCCCUGGAUCCAACAGGUGGACCAGAGCUGGCGCAAAGAGAGGAUCCUGGAUGUGCCCCUGUGCAAAGAGGACUGUCAGAGCUGGUGGGAGGACUGCCGCACCUCCUACACCUGCAAGACCAACUGGCAAAAGGGCUGGAACUGGACCUCAGGGAUUAACGAGUGUCCAGUCCGGGCUGCCUGCCACACGUUUGAGUUCUACUUCCCCACACCUGUUGACCUGUGUGAGGGCCUCUGGAGUCACUCCUAUAAGGUCAGCAACUAUAGCCAAGGGAGUGGCCACUGCAUCCAGAUGUGGUUUGACCCAGCUCAUGGCAACCCCAACAAUGAGGUGGCAAGGGUCUAUGCUGAGGCAAUGAGUGGGGCUGGGUCCCAUGGGACUGGGCUCCUCAUUCUCAACCUAGUCCUGAUACAGUUAUGGCUCUUUGGCUGA